CGUCGCGUGCACACACACACGAACGCCGUUCGCGGAUUUGCACCGCGAGUUUUACCUACCGAUUGCGGCAGACAGUCGUCGCACACGACGUGGUCGAAUACAAUAGAAUAUUUACGAUAUCGUUGUCGUAGCUCAUCGCUGUGCGAUUUAUUUUUGUUUUGAAAAUUGUUUUCCGUUUUUGUUUUGUGUUUUUGAUAAUUUUGCACCGGUUACCCGCGCCUACCAUUAGAUGAUAAUGCACUGCCGCCGACGAGUGUCGUUGUUCUCGUGCUGGUCGUCGCGGUCGUCGACGCUGCCGUCUUGUUCCGAUCGCGCCGCAAUCGCCGUUUCCGGUCAAUAAUAAUAGCGUACCUACAUAUACCUCACAAUCGUAUACAAUAAGUACCUGUCUCACACGGAAAACCCUUUAAUACGUAGACAGCGUUUAGUCGAUACUCCUCUGUAGCCGUCAAUAUCGUCAUCGCACAACACAUUAUUAUAUACAAAUAUACCGCCGCCCAUAGUGGACCGGAUGUGAAUACUCAUUCAAAAUUGGCCGUGUUAAGCAGAACCCCGUCCGUGUAGCAGCCACCGGCGAGACCAACUCGUUGGACUCGCACAAGGAUAUGCUGAAUAGUGAACCUUCGUCUGAGUUAGAUAAACAACAGCGCAACGCGCAGACCGAACAAGUGAAGAUGGCCGCCACUGAAGCCGGAAGCCCGAGACGACUGGGACUCAACCUCAACCUGAGCGUACAGCCACACGCGACCGCUUAUCACUGGCCGCACUCGACAGUGGCCGAAGACACGUCACCAUCCCGGUCCAAGGGCUGCACGGACGAAGAUGAUGACGACGACGAAGACGAUCGCGACAUGGACGACCGCGAUAUGGACGACGAUGAAAUGAUGAUGGACUGUCGGCAGGACGAGGAUUGUUCGCCCGAGGAUGAACAAGACAUUUUGGAAAUGCAGCGCGAGGAACGCGAAACCCUCAAUCAGCUCGCCAGGCAGUUGGCAUCUGGUUCGCGGCUCAUAACCCCGAUGCUCCAGCAUCUAGUGUACCAACACCCAGGGCUAUCCGUACAACCGUCACCGAUGCACCAACAGCAACUGCAACAGCAGCCGUCCUCCGUGGCCGUGUCAUUGACAACGGCCGCGCUCAACAGACACGCGACGGCCGCCGCUGCUGACCUGUCGCCAAAGUCCAGUCACUCGGGCGACGUGCCAAUGUCCGGCGGUCGUUCCACUGAAGUUCAGUCACCGUCCGCGGCUCGGAAUAACGAGGCGCAGUCAUGGACGUUCGAAGAACAGUUCCGACAGCUAUACUCGGCGGGCAGCGAAUCCGACAGACGGACCUUUCUAGACUCGCUGUUCAGUUUUAUGCAAGAACAAGGAACUCCAAUCAGUCGUUUACCCAUCAUGGCCAAGCGCGUGUUGGAUCUGUACACCCUGUACAAGUUGGUUGUCCAGAGAGGAGGUAUCGUUGCGGUCAUCACCAAGAAAUUGUGGCAAGAGAUCAUCCGAGGCCUGGGACUACCUCCUUCUAUAACGAGUGCCGCGUUCACGUUACGCACACAAUACGUAAAAUAUUUGUACGCGUACGAGUCACGAAUGAACCAGUUCAGUACAUUGGACGAGCUGAAUAUGGCGAUAGCGGGCAACCGACGCGAGGGCCGGCGGAACAAGUCGCUCAUGUACUCGGACAUGCCGCCUCCGCCGCCCGGUCACCUACACCAUCAUCACCACAGUCAUCACCAGCAAGUGCACGGUGGCCACCCACACUCGAUGAUGGGCGGAGGCGCUCCACCGCAGGCGUCGCCGCAACAACAGCAGCAACAGCAGCAGCAGCAGCAGCAGCAGCAGCAACAGCAACAGCCGCCUUCGUCCCAUCACCAUCACCACUACGCCAACGUGCUGGCCGCCGAAGAUCGGUUCCGGCAUCUCGCCGCCGCCAUCAUGGACAAUCACCAUCACGCGGCCGCUGCUGCAGCUGCCGCCGCGGCCGGCGUCAGUGUCGACCACCCCAGGCUGCGGAUGCGAUCGUGCAGUCCACCGCAACAUCAGCAACAAUUGCAAUUGCAAUCGGAAUGCAAGACGUCCGCGGUCGCGUUGCACCAGACACCUCGGUCACCGGCCGCCGCCGGCUUACCGCCACCGCCGCCAAUGCCACCAUCGUCGCUGUUCAAUGGCCACCAGCCGCCGUCGUUCCAACAUCUCCAUCAACAGCAGCAACAACAAAAUCAGUCCAACGCCACCCAGUCCAACAACGAGCAGACCAACAAGCAGAGAGAACUGCUCAGCAUGCUCAUGUGGAUGGACAUUGUCAGAGCGAAUCAAACCGCAAUCCCGAGACUACCCAUUUCAAGUUUGCCAUCCAGUCCGUCGGCUGCUGCGGCGGCGGCGGCGGCGGCCGCGUACACGGCGGCCGCGGCGCUGAACCUCACUCCCGCGUACAACAAGGGACAGCAGAUGGCGGCCGUGGUCGUCGUGCCGGAACAGAGCGAAGCGCUGAACUUGGGCAAAAAGAGGACGUCGAACAACAACAACAGCGAGGACGAGGACGCGGACGGCGACCGCGCGGACGAGUACGGCGGCUGCAGGCGCGAAUCCGUGUCGUCCGCCGCGAAGCGCAUCAAAACGGAACGGUCUUCGCCGCCGGUCAGCGGUUGUUCCAGCGACGACGAAAAGGCUGCGGCCAAGGCGACGAGCAACGGUAGCCCGUCGCCGCCGCAACCGUCGGCCGCCGACGACGUCGCGUACCGAUCGGACAAGAGGCGCGGUCCGUCGCCGAUCGACGAGGACGUGGUCGAGAUGGACAUCAACACGUCGCCUUCGGCCGGUUCUUCGGCUAACAACGGCUUGGCGAUAUCCGUGACGCGCAGAACGAAAAACGGCGUGUACAUGGGUCAACUCACCAAGAACAAUGCAUUGAUCAACGGAGGAUGGAACAACAACGCAAAUCCAUUCGUUUUGCACCUAAACGGAGAUCUAUACACUGGGCAAUUGCAGUUGCAACAAAAGCAGAUGGCCAACAACUGAGGACGUGACGUUUCUCUCGCACCGAUCAUUGGCGAUGUGCUUACCUACAAAAAAUGAUGAAUUCGUCUGAUUUAGAAAUAUUACGCCUGUUUAAUACACGUAUUAUAAUUUAUACCUUGUUAUUUUAAUAUAAUUUUGACGUCGAAAUUAAGAGACAUACACCAUGUCUAUACACACCGCAUAACGGUGUAGGCCCAUGUUGUGCGUUCGACUCAAAGACGGAAAAUGUAUUUUUUUUCUUUGCGAAUAGGCUUUUGACUGAUUUUAUAUUUGGUGUUAAUCUUUCGGUAGCACAUUUGUAGAAAAAUAUCGAGUUGUAUUCAUUGUAGAUUUCAGGUAUUAUUAUAUUUAGUAUAUUAUGUCGGCCGGCGACCGCGGUAUUGCGUCACACUCGAGUUUUUUCAACAAUAUUGUUGUCGUAUUAUUAUUAUGAAUUGUAAUAUAAUUCGUUUUUAGUUUAGUUCAAAUAAUAAUUUUCUACCAAAACAUUUUGUAUACGUGUUUGAGUUUGAGAUAAAUAGAAAGUUUGAUAUUUACACAUUGUAUGAUUCAAUAUAAUAUAAACAAAUUGAAAAAAAAAAUGUGUAGUAUGUGUGUGUAUAUUCAGUAGUAUAACAUAUAUACAUAGUGUAUAGUGUAGUUAUUUUGAAGUAUAUUGUACGACUUGUGUUUCGUCAAAAGUUUCUUUUUAUAGAUUGAUAAUAAUUGUAUUAUACAUUUAUACGGUCUCGUCGGAUUGAGGACUUUGUAUAUUUGUGUGCAUGUAUGUAUGUAUGUAUGUGUAUGUGUGUGUGUGCGUAAAAGUAUAUAUUGCGUAUAUAUUUAGAACGCGUAAACCGAAAUCGGAAGGGUUCGAAAGACUUUUUGUACAUAAAAAAUUCAAUUGUUAAAGUUUUUUUUUUCGUCGACUCAAUUUUGGUCAGAUGUGUCUGUGACAGCAAUAAGACCUAAAUAAGAAAAAAAAACAUUUACAGAAUCAUAAAAUAGGAUUUCGUUAAAAAAAAUAAAGGAAAUCUCUUAGUCAUUCGAAUUCUUGUGAUUUUGUAUAUAUUAUUAUAUAGGUACCUACAUAAUAUUAUUAUAUUCGAAACCGUGUACAUAAUAAUAGGUAUUACUAAAACUAUACAUCUUACGAUAUGAUUACAAUAUAAUAUUGUGUACCUUAUAUUUACCAUUGAGUGGUUUUAGCUUUAUUAUGAGUAUUGUAAUAUUGUUCGAUUUAUCGUGUUUCUAGUGUAUUAUUCGGUUAAAGUAUAGAGUUAGCUUUUUGUCUCGGUAAACCCUGCGCCGAGGUGUAUAACUAUUAUUAGUAAUAAUUACUAAUUAUAAUAUUAUAACACAAACGGGUGUGACGAAUACACGACAUAUAUUAUUAAAUAUAAGAUGAUUUUUAGUUAAAUAUAAUAUUAUUAUGACGUGCUUGUGAGUUUUGGGCAACGAGAUCUCAUGUUCAAAUCAAUAAAAGUACUGUCGUGCUGUACGCGUAUUACAACGCGCUACCGUGUCGUGUUUUUCAUAAAAAAAAAAUCUGUAUUCGCAUCGAGGUAGUUUCUAUUUAUUAUUGACUUCGGUGAAAUAAUGUAUACACGCAUCAAGUAAUCAUAAAGCAAUACUCGAUACAUCCUAAAACCGUCAUCUCCUACAAGACGGCGUGUGCAUGACCAUUUAUCGAAAUGUAUUACCUUAUCCAAGACACACUUCAUUGCUGCCCAUAUUAUACAUAGUUUUAUAUAAUAUAGUAUUAGCGUGUACAUUUUAUUAUUAUAUUAAUCAAUUUAUACUAUUAUAUUAUC